AUGGAAAACAAGCAGUAUAUUCUCGUAACUGGCGCUGGAGGCUUCAUAGGUCAGGAGCUUGCCACAUCGCUCCUUGCAUCUUCUCCAACAAUCCAUCUUGUCCUAGCCGAUGUUUUUGAGCCGCCAUGCUCAGACCCAUCCCGCGUUGUCUCGUGCAAAGCCGACCUCACCCAAUCCUCGGCUGUAGACUCUCUACUCGGCUCUCAAACGUGGUCUGCAUGCUAUUUACUACACGGAAUCAUGUCUGGAGGCGCCGAAGCAAACAUUGACCUUGGCCUCGCUGUCAACAUCGACUCGCACCGCCUGGUCCUCGACUACCUCCGGCGAAACCAACCAGGCGUCGUUGUUGUUUUUCCGUCCUCCCUCGCCAUCUACGGACCUCCCGACCCCUCCAAUCCUGUCAUCUCAGAAAAGACGAUUCCAAUCCCGCAGUCCUCGUACGGUGCCGAGAAGCUGAUUGUAGAGACGUUGAUCAACGAUUACUCACGCCGUGGCUUGAUUGACGGGCGAAUAUGCCGGCUCCCAACUGUCAUCGUCAGGCCCGGUGCUCCGUCCGCGGCUGCAUCGAGUUUCGCAUCUGGUAUUGUUCGGGAACCGUUGAAAGGAGAGGCUUCGGUGCUGCCUGUGAGUAAGGACCUCGAAAUGUGGGUGUGUUCGCCCAAGACCGUCGUGCGCAAUCUCGUUGCUAUCAAGGAUGUGCCUGCGGAGAAUUUUAACGCAAACGGUGGAAGGACGGUCAACCUGCCCGGACAGACAGUCAAGGUGGGCCAGAUCCUCGAUGGACUCGUCGAGGUGGGUGGGCAGGAGGCGUUGGCACUGGUGGAGGAAAAGCAAGAUCCCAGGGUCGAAGCCAUCGUUGCAAGCUGGCCGGCAAGAUUCGACAUUUCUCUGGCAGAGCGGCUAGGAAUGAGCCGCGACAUAAGUUUGACGGAGGAGGUGGAGAGUUUUGCGAAGAGCUUGAAAGCUGGAAAGUAG